AUGAUGGCUGCGCCUAUUCUCCUCUCCCCAUUACCCUCCUCCUCCCUCCCACACCCCCCUCUUCCCUCUCCUCCCCUCUUCACCCACCCUUCUCCUACCCCCCUCUUCCCCUCCGCAGCAUGGAGUGCAUGGUGUGGUACGACGCGGCCACCAUGGGCCCCAUGCAUGGUGUGGUACGACGCGGCCACCAUGGUCCCAAUGGCGCCGCCCGCUGCCACGUCAGCGCCAGCUGGCAGCGUGAUCAAAUCCGCCCUUGCGGGCGGGCUGGCCUCGGGAUUGUCGACAUGCCUCAUGCACCCCUUGGAUACCAUCAAGGGGCUCAAUCGGCCAUACUGGGGCACUGCAUUGCGCACCCAACCCAACCCAACCGCUCCAUACCUAUCACCCGCGCUCGUCCUCCCUCCCUCACCACCAGACUCGUCAGAAGUCAUCAGAUCAGCACCAUUCAUCGGCAUCCAGGGGAUGUACCGGGGAGCUCUGCCCACCAUCCUGGGGCACUUUUUUGCAAGCCAUCCUCGGGCAGUUUGCAAGCCAUCCUCGGGCAGUUUGCAAGCCAUCCUCGGGCAGUUUGCAAGCCAUCCUUUCUUCUUCUUGCUCCCCGGUUCUCCCACCCUCCUUCACUACAACCGCGAGACGCGCGUGCAAGCCUCUUCAGCCUCCCUUUCAAAGGUGGUGCGAUCCGUGCCUUACAUCGGCAUACAGGGAUUGUACCGGGGAGCCGUGCCGGCCAUCCUGGGGCAGUUUGUGAGACGACCAAGCCCCAUCUCUCUCAAGCUGCCCUUCCUCUCACUCCCUCCUUCCCUCCCUCCUUGCCACCACCAGACCCGCGUGCAAGCCUCCUCAGCCUCGCUCUCCGAGGUGGUGCGAUCAGUGCCAUCCAUCGGCAUUCAGGGAUUGUAUCGCGGAGCCCUGCUGGCCAUCCUGGGGCAGUUUGUGAGACGACCAAGCCCCAUCUCUCUCAAGCUGCCCUUCCUCUCACUCCCUCCUUCCCUCCCUCCUUGCCACCACCAGACCCGCGUGCAAGCCUCCUCAGCCUCGCUCUCCGAGGUGGUGCGAUCAGUGCCAUCCAUCGGCAUUCAGGGAUUGUAUCGCGGAGCCCUGCUGGCCAUCCUGGGGCAGUUUGUGAGACGACCAAGCCCCAUCUCUCUCAAGCUGCCCUUCCUCUCACUCCCUCCUUCCCUCCCUCCUUGCCACCACCAGACCCGCGUGCAAGCCUCCUCAGCCUCGCUCUCCGAGGUGGUGCGAUCAGUGCCAUCCAUCGGCAUUCAGGGAUUGUAUCGCGGAGCCCUGCUGGCCAUCCUGGGGCAGUUUGUGAGACGACCAAGCCCCAUCUCUCUCAAGCUGCCCUUCCUCUCACUCCCUCCUUCCCUCCCUCCUUGCCACCACCAGACCCGCGUGCAAGCCUCCUCAGCCUCGCUCUCCGAGGUGGUGCGAUCAGUGCCAUCCAUCGGCAUUCAGGGAUUGUAUCGCGGAGCCCUGCUGGCCAUCCUGGGGCAGUUUGUGAGACGACCAAGCCCCAUCUCUCUCAAGCUGCCCUUCCUCUCACUCCCUCCUUCCCUCACUCACCACCAGACGCGGGUACAAGCCUCCUCAGCCUCGCUUUCAGAGGUGGUGCGAUCGGUGCCAUCCAUCGGCAUCCAGGGAUUGUACCGGGGAGCGCCGCCCGCCAUUCUCGGGCAGUUUGCGAGCCAUGGGGUGCGCACGGGCGCGUAUGAAGCUUCCAAGAUGCUUCUCACGAGCAUGCUGCCGAACCUCACAGAGUACCAGGUCCAUCCAGUGGCCUCCCUCUGCUCCACAGUGCUGGGCACGGCACUCCGCAUUCCCUGUGAGGUCCAACCAGUGGCCUCCCUCUGCUCCACAGUGCUGGGCACGGCUCUCCGCAUUCCCUGUGAGGUGCUGAAGCAGCAGCUGCAGGCAGGGCUCUACAGCAGCACAGGAGCGGCGCUCAGGGCGACGCUCAAGGAGGGCGGGGUGAAGGGGCUGUUCCGAGGGACCACCGCCACGCUGUGCCGGGAGGUCCCGUUUUACGUUUUUGGGAUGCUGAUUUACCUGCAAGUCAAGCGGGUCACUUGCCAUGUGCUGCGCCGGGAGCUCGCCCCCUGGGAAACCCUCCUGCUGGGCGGCUUCUUGCACUCUCUACUUGUCGUCACUCGCCAUGUGCUGCGCCGAGAGCUCGCCCCCUGGGAAACCCUCCUGCUGGGCGGCUUCUCGGGCGGCAUGGCAGCGAUCGCCAUCACGCCAUUCGACGUCAUCAAGACACGCAUGAUGACGUCGCCGCCCGGGGCGGCAGCGGCCGGCAUGCUGACAGUUGGCGCGAACCUAUUGGCCACGGAGGGGGUGGGGGCGCUGUAUAAGGGCUGGCUGCCGCGGUUCUUCUGGAUUGCACCGCUUGGAGCAAUGAACUUUGCUGGGUAUGAGCUGGCGAAGCAGGCGAUAGAUGAUGUGGGGGAGGAGGGGAAAGAGGCGUAG